GCAUUUCUGCGGGAAGGGAGCGGACACGGCGCGGGUGUUGGAGCCCGAUGCCAGCCAUGGGGGCCGGGGGCAGCGGGACCCGCGCCGGCCGCUCGGACCCCGCGGCAGUGGCCUGAGGGCCGGAGCCGCGCUCGCCAGCUCGCCCUGGUGCCCAAGGGUGGAUUUCUGAAGGGCUGCGGUGCUCCCAGCGCUGACUCCUCUCCUCCCUGCGCCGAUCCAUGGGGCAGCCGCGCUUCUCCCGGCCUGUGACUCCAGGUGCUUUCGGCGCCUCAAGUGUGGAAUGAACAGAACAUCCUGCAACACUUCCCGAUGCACCUGUGCCUUGCUCGAUGGCAGAACUUCAGGGAGGUUCCUUAGGGAAGGAAAUCAAGGUGACUGUGCAGAGUUGCUGCCAUGGCACUGUACCUACCUCAUCUGCCCCAAACCAGGAAUGCCCAGCAAGCUCCUUAUGACCAGAAACUCCUGGGAUUUGUGGAAAUCCCGCACUGAAGAGGUGGAUCACGCCCCAGGUGAUGCCAGCAUGGGGGUAGAUGUUUUGGAAUCAGGUGACACCACACCUCCUACAAAAAGGAAAAGCAAGUUCUCAAGCUUUGGCAAGAUUUUCAAACCCUGGAAAUGGAGGAAGAAGAAAAGCAGCGACAAAUUCAAGGAGACUUCAGAAGUUUUAGAACGAAAGAUUUCUAUGCGAAAGCCAAGAGAGGAGCUGGUAAAAAGAGGGGUUCUGUUGGAAGAGCCUGAGCAGGAUGGUGAAGAGCCAGAGAAGCUGAACCCACCUGCACUGAAGAAUGGCCACACUGUCCCCAUUGGGGGCCCUGGGCUCUGUGACUUGCCCAGCCGCGAGGAAGAGGCCACAAAGACAUCCAGCCUUAGGAAGCCUGUUCCAGUGGAGGAGCCAAAGAAGAGGCAGGGCUCCUCCAGCAGCCACCCUGGCCCUGAACUGGAACCACCUCAGGAGCCACAUGUUCCCAGACAACCUCUGCUUCCUCCAAAACGACCUCCCUCCACAUCCCGGGAGGCAAACGAAGUGCAGGCAAAGGAUCCAACGCCUGCCAGCAGUACUGCAAGAGCUGUCCCCUUCAGCACAGCCCCCACGGCAGCAAAGACAGUUAAUUCCACAGCUGCCCCUUCCCCAGCCCCCAGGACUCUGCUCCCUGCUCCUGCCAGUGCCAACACUACUGCUCCCAGCAGUGCAGCCAGCACAGCUCCUGCCAAACAGCCUCCCGUCCCUCCUCCCAAACCCAGCAACAGAAACAGCAACUCGCUGAUAGCGGAACUUUCCCAAGUAAUGAGCAGUGGCACAGCCUUGUCCAAGCCCUCCCCUCCUCUGCCCCCGAAGAGAGGCGUGCUGCCCAGCAGCCCAUGUGAGGCUGCACCCUCCAAGGCCCCGAGCGACAAGGCAGUGGCAGCAAGCCGGCUCCCAGCAGCAGCAGCAGCUCCCCCCUCACCGCCGCUGCCCAGCCACGUCCCCCCAGAGUCCCCAUGCCUGGUGCUGCCCACCUGCACUGCUGCCCCAGACCCACUGCACUCCCUGGACCUGCCCAGGGAGACUCCUCCUCCUCCUGCUGAAGACUUCAGGUCCGUGGAAGUGUCGAAGAGGACGGCAGAGCAAGGCUUUGGCGACCCCACUGCGUUGCCUCGGCUGCCCCCGGUCCCCCUGCACAUCCGCAUCCAGCAGGCUUUGGCCAGUCCCCUGCCCGCCACGCCGCCCCCUGAGGGCUCCCACAGGGCUCACUCGCUGCUCUUCGAGAGUGAUGCCUUCGGAGAGGAUGGUGGCACCCUGGGCAGGACGAGAUCCCUGCCUGUCACCAUCGAGAUGCUCAAAGUUCCAGACGAUGAGGAAGAGGAAGAAGAUGACCAGGAAGAGGAACAGAACUCGGGUUCUCGUGUGUAUAUUGGAGAUGUGCCAUCUGUCACAGUCAUCCCCAAACUGGUACCCCAAGUCCUCCUGGAGGAGCAGGAAGGAGACGAAGGGAUGAGCGACUCUGACUCGGAGGGGCCCAUCCUGUAUAAAGAUGAUGAGGAUGAGGAAGAUGAUGAAAGCCAGAACAGCAUGCUGGCCAACAAAGUGAAGAGGAAAGACACACUGGCUAUGAAGCUGGGGAGCACAGCGACACCACAGGAGGAGAAGAUUGUCUUCCCUCGGAAGAGCAAGGAGGAGUGGAAUGAAAUCCGUCAGCAGAUUGGGACAACACUGAUCAGGCGACUGAGUCAGAGACCAACUGCAGAAGAACUGGAACAGAGGAACAUUCUUCAGCCGAAGAACGAAGCUGACCGUCAGGCAGAGAAGCGCGAGAUUAAGCGGCGGCUCACCAGAAAGCUUAGCCAAAGGCCUACAGUGGCAGAGCUGCAGGCCAGGAAGAUCCUGAGGUUUAAUGAAUAUGUGGAAGUAACAGAUGCUCAAGACUAUGACCGGCGAGCAGAUAAGCCAUGGACAAAGCUGACACCAGCUGACAAGGCUGCCAUCAGAAAGGAGCUGAAUGAGUUUAAGAGCUGUGAAAUGGAAGUGCAUGAGGAGAGCAAGCAGUUCACCAGAUACCAUCGACCAUAAUAUUCCAAGGAGGGAGCAAGAAACCCGGGAAUGCUGGAAGUUUUCUGCACCCUUCCCUGAGGCAAUACAGCGAGGGUGGAACCUCAGCUCUUCCAAGAUUUGCCUUCCAGACAUAUCCAGAAAAGGGCUUUCGGCCAGGGAAGGGGAAUCCUGUCUGAAUGUAGCAUUUCACUGGAACAAACACAUCUUUUAUGCCAUCAGGCUGGAACUGACACUAUACCUCGUGUGGCUCAGCAAUAGGACUCUGCCAGGACCUGCCCAGGGGAGUGACUCCUUCCUUCCCAAGUUGUACAGACUUGUCUUGGGGGUGCAAUUCCUCAUUUCCACCUCCUUUCCAUCAGGAAGGGAGAAAAAAAAAGGCAGCUCUAAUAAGCAUGUGUGUGUAUAUUAGCUGUGUACAGAGAAUCCUGGCAGACAACUGACAUGGCACUCGUUAUUUUGGGGGGGUUUUUGCUGGUUUCUGUCAUGUCCUUAAUGCCCUGAAUCACUACUGACUAACGGUUUGUUGUCCUGGAAGGGAAUUGUAUAGAUACUAACAUAUGCUGCAUCUUUUUGUAAAAAAAAAAAAAAAAAACAAAACAAAAAGAGAGAGAGAGAGGAAAAAACCCCAACAGAUGUAUAGAACAUUUGCUCUGCACUCUCUCACACUUGCUGUGAUCUUAAUAACAAAUCUUGAGGUAUCUAGGCUUGUUAAACAAAUUACAAGAACCAGGAAAAAUUACUGUUGCCUUUUUAAAACUUUUUAAUUUGGGGAAACUGGGAGAGUAGUCAGUUGUUUUUAUUGUGGCUUUCUCUCAGAUGUUUUUUACUGUCCCAAAUCAGGGUUGAAGCUUGCCUUUUUCUCAUUUUUACAGCUAAACCUACUGGAAACUUGAUAAUUUCACUGUGUGGGUUGAAAGGAGAGGAAGAAUAGGUUUAAAAAGUGACCUUAAAAAGACAGUAUUUCCCUUCUGAGAGAAAAAUUAUUCCUCAGUGUGGGUUUAAAAAAAAAAAAAAAUCUGGUAGGGCCACUGCUGUAUUAUGCACAAAACAAAACUAUGUGUGAGAUGCCACUUGUGCAGAGUUUGAGGUGGGGAGGGAGAGAAGAACUUUGUCUUGUUCACAGACCAAUUUGGCAACACGCCGGCCACGGCCCAGCGUCCGCUGGGGGCUUUUCCCUUACAGCAUCCCCUGUACAGCCGCCAUUGCAUUGUAUAUCAGUCUCCUCGGCAAACAGAUUUUAAUUAUUAAAUAAAAGUAUUUUAGAAUUUUUUUUUUCUUAAACCCUGAUCGUGUGGUCGUGUCUUUCCAAUUGCUCUCAGCAAGGGCGUGACUGGCGGCUGCGGGGGUUGGGGGUGGAGGGCGAGUGCCGCCAUGGCGGCGCCUCCCCUCAGACCGCGGCUUUUCGCGCCCUUCCGCCUGCGCCAACCGCGCUUCCGGCCUCCGCACGCUGCGGCUGGCCCCGCCUUUUCCGCCGAACGUAACCGCCUGUGCCCAAAUAUGGUUUGUCCUCGCCCCUUCCGCAGGACGCGAGAGUGCACUUUAGCCCCGCCCCCAUGUCCUAUAAAAGUCGCCAUGCGGCGUGCUCCACCCUCUUUCACCUUGGGAAGCCGUAGGAUUCGUAGGUAUGAUCCACUGGACUUUUUUCUUUUUCACCCUUUCCUUGCUUUGGCGUGAGGAAUAAGCGGCCGCGCGGCGCCGCGCCGGUAGCGGAUGUCUGCUGCAUACCUGCUUUAACGUUGAAAUACGUCGUGAGUUUCUUGUGGCUGUGGGUGCUGCGGGGUCGCCCCGCGCCGUCUCAGCCGCCCCUCAAAGCCAUUUCCUUUCCUUACAGGUUCCCCCAAAGCUUGUUAAGCUUGGUUUGUGCAGUUCGCUCCAGCUACUAAAGUUGGAAAAGUUUAAGUGGAACACGAUUGUCGAAGAAACUUCUGGGUCGAAAUGGCAAAGAAAAGUCUGCCUUCAGUGGAAGAAGGUGAGUAUAUUGGAGAGUCUGCUCAAUCAGGUGGGCAGCCAUAUUCCAGCUCUCUUAGUGCAGUAGUUGUAAUUAAAAUGUGGCCACAGGGAUCAAAAUGCGGUGGAACCAGGAAUGGGUGAAUGUGGUGGUCUGCUAAAGCAUGUGCCUGGAGCACCAAAAACAGAAACGUGUGUGCCUGGUCCUUGGUGGGACCUACACUUCCUGGAUUUUGUGGAGCAGGGCCUGGAAUUAGGCCCGGUAUAGGUAAGAUGCAUGGGAAGGAAAGAGACAAUGCACGGGGUGUGGGAUUGCUAAAGUGCAACUACAAGGUCAAGGGCAGACUUGUGGGGUUGGCUGGUCCAGGAAGAAGGAGCUGAUUUCGGGAUGCUUGAAACUGGUGAGGCUGGGGAAGAGGGGUGCUGGGAUAAGGGAUGGAUAAGAAAGGUGUGUGUUCUGUGCAUUGCACUUAACAGAACAGCCUUCCCCAUCAAUUCGACGUUGUGGGGCCAGGAUAUUACAGGGAAGGUGGUACUAAAGUGGGUGGAUUAUGGGAUGUGGGUGGAAGCAUCAGUCCAUGUGUUUAGGCCCUGAAAUACAGCCCAUUCUCUCAUGUUGGUAACUAAAUCUGUACCUGGCUGCAGGAGACAGCUCAAUAAACGGAACUUUAUUUGG